AUGAUAAUUAAAACGAAGAAAGUUUUUAUUGGUGGACUGUCGGCAUCUUCGACGCUUGAGGAUAUGAAGAAUUACUUCGAACAGUACGGAAAGGUUGAGGAUGCGAUGCUGAUGUUUGACAAAACAACACAACGUCAUCGAGGCAAGGCAUUUGUGCUGUAUUUCUAUAGCCACUCGUCAUGUGCCAUUAAAAUUUGCCUAUAG